CUUCAGUCUGACUGAUGAUAACAGGAGAACUUCUCUCUGCUCAUCGUUUUAUCUCCUCUUAUCUGCUCUGAUCUGCUGCUCUGAUGGCUGUAGUGGAAGGUCUCCUCCUGCAGGCCACCAGUACGGGUCUGUUACUGGGAGCUCUGGUUCUGCUGCUGGUUUAUUAUCUGUCCUCCAGCUUCAGCUUUAAGGAAGAGGAUAAUGAGCCUCCAGGACCCAAACCGCUGCCCCUCCUGGGGAACCUGCUCCAACUGGACCUGAAACAACCCCACGAGUCCCUCUGUGAGCUCGCCAAGACGUACGGAUCUGUGUUUAAAGUGUAUUUUGGUCCGAAGAAGGUGGUGGUUUUAGCGGGAUAUAAAACAGUGAAGCAGGCGCUGGUUAAUCACGCUGAAGAGUUCGGAGAACGAGAGAUCGGCAAAUUGUUCAAAAACCUCUCUGAAGAACACGGUAUUCUCUUCUCUAAUGGAGAAAACUGGAGAGAGAUGAGACGCUUUGCCCUCACCAACCUCCGAGAUUUCGGCAUGGGGAAGAGAGGGAGCGAGGAGAAAAUCGUGGAGGAAAUCCAGUAUAUUGUAGAAGAGUUUGGGAAAUUUGAAGGUAAAGCGUUUGAUACAACUCAGCCGGUGAACAACGCCGUCUCCAACAUCAUCUCCUCCAUCGUUUACGGAAGCAGAUUUGAGUACAGUGAUCCUCAGUUCAAAGAGAUGGUUAACAGAGCCAAUGAGAACGUCAGGAUUGGUGGAUCUGCUCCAAUCAGGCUCUACAACGUGUUUCCGUGGAUCGGCCCGUUCCUGAAGAGCAAGCGAAAGCUGGAGAGAAACACUGAGAAAAACAGGAAGGAGAUUAACGGGAUCAUCAGCUCCCUGCAGGAAACGCUUCAUCCAGACGACCGCAGAGGAUUCAUAGACUCGUUUCUCGUCCGCAAACAGAGUGAUGAGAAAUCAGGACAGAAGAACUCUCGAUUCAACGACAAGAACCUUUUAAGUACAGUCUUAAAUCUCUUUGUCGCCGGAACCGACACCACCGGCACCACCCUGCGCUGGGGUCUGCUGCUCAUGGCAAAGAACCCUCAUAUACAGGAUCGAGUUCAUGAGGAGAUCGAUCGGGUGAUUGGAGGACGGCAGGUCGUGGUGGAGGACAGGAAGAACCUGCCGUACACAGACGCCGUGAUCCAUGAAAUCCAGAGAUGUGCCAACAUAGUACCCAUGAGUCUCCCUCACGUCACCAGCUGUGAUGUUCACUUUAACGGAUUCUUCAUCAAGAAGGGUACAACAGUGUAUCCUCUCUUGACGUCUGUACUGAGGGAUGAGAGCGAGUGGGAGAGCCCCCAAACCUUCAACCCAGAUCACUUUCUGGAUAAACAGGGACGAUUUGCUAAAAAAGACGCUUUUAUGCCCUUUUCUGCAGGGCGCAGGGUGUGUCUGGGGGAGAGUCUGGCGAGGAUGGAGCUCUUCCUCUUCUUCACCUCCCUCCUCCAACACUUCCGCUUCACUCCUCCACCAGGUGUCUCCAAGGAUCAGCUGGACCUCACGCCAGUGAGCGGCAUCACUCUGAACCCUUCACCUCACAAACUGUGUGCAGUAAAACGAUCCUAAUUCUGCUGAUUUUGGGGAAAUCAGCAUUUUGUUUUAUUUUCUCCCUUUAUUCACUAGAACUCCCUUAUAUCAGUUGGCAGCAUUAUUAAGCACUCAGAAGAAAAGCAGCAUGGCCUAAUGUACUCUCUCUCAGAGUCUGGCUGCUGAUGGAGAAGCAGCAUGACCUACUGCACUCUCGCUCUCUCUCGGACUCCAGCUGCUGAUGGAGAAACAGCAUGACCUACUGUACUCUCUCUCUCAGACUCUGGCUGCUGAUGGAUAAGCAGCAUGACCUACUGCACCCUCGCUCUCUCUCGGACUCCUGCUGCUGAUGGAGAAACAGCAUGACCUACUGUACUCUCUCUCUCUCUCUCUCUCUCAGACUCUGGCUGCUGAUGGAUAAGCAGCAUGACCUACUGCACUCUCGCUCUCUCUAAAAAUGUGAUUGAAACAUCCUAUUUUUUGUACUUGAAACCAAUUGUGCACCCCCUUAUCCCCUUACCUUUAUCACUAAAUUCAAUAACACCUGUUUAAUAUAAUACCCUGUAAUGCACUGAAAGACUGAAGAAAGAAGGGAAAGUGUGAAUAUGUGUUUAUAAUCAGAUGAGCUGAUAUGGGUCAGUGUUUGUAAUGUUGUUCUUGUUAAUAGAAGACUAUGUGUUUUGUAGUUGGUACAGGUGUUUUGAGAGCAUUGUCUCACCUGUGUGGGAACAGGACUUGGUAACACUUUAUAAUACUGUUCCAUAGUAAAUAGGUAACUAAUUAAUAGUGCUGCAUUAACACCUAAAUAUUUUCUAUUAACUACCAGGGAGUACUGAAUAAUUAUUCAGUAGAUAGUACUGAACUAAUGAUUAUAGUAGUUCACUAUUAACUCCACAAUAAUUACUGAGACUUACAUAUCUCCCAGAGAACUACUUACUAAUAAUGUCUCCUUUAUAAUAACUAUUCAUUAAUUACUGCUCAAAUCAACAUUAACUACUGAAAACCCUUACAUCCCACCUGGGGAACUAUAGAUCUAAAUCAGUCUACACAAACAAUUAUUCUAUCAGUGGUGAUAUUAAAGGCAUAUUUGAGUGACACCAUUUGUAGUAGUAGUAACCUUAAUUACCUUAUUAUCAUAAUUAUCUUCCAAAUAUUAGCAACAUAUAGUAAAAUACUACAGUGUGUCGUAAUCUGCUUAAACCCCAUUUUUGAAAGAAAAAAAAAAACUUUAUAACGUAAUAUUAUUACAUAGUAGACAUUAUUUAUGUUCUCCAGAAGGCAUCUAAGACUGACUGUACUCAAUUUUGUUUUAAUGGUCACUGCUUUAAUUUUCAGCACCAACCUUAUAAACGUUCAUCUUUAGACUUGCAGUCUCACAGACUUUUAGUGCCCAUUAUUAGGGUAAUUACGGUAAUUCCACAGCGCCGGACCGCUGGCCUCUAUCUGUGUGCUUAUCUGCUGCUGCAGGUUAUUCUAUCAGUGGUGAUAUUAAAGUCGGUGACACCACUUAUCAUAUAUUAACCUUACUUACCUUAGUAUGCUCAAUAUCUUCCAAACACACUGAAAUGUGCAGUAGUCUGCUUAACCCCCCUUUUUGUAAUGUUCUGUCAGUGUGUUACAGGUGUUUAUUCUAAACCUGUGCUCUUCUUCAGUCCUCCUGGAGAUGUGCUCAGUAGAAGUGAUGGCUCACACACAGCUUUACUCUAGGCUGUGUCCUAGAUCCUUAUUCUGGGGGAAAUCAUGUUUAAAUGAAUAAAUAUUUGUGUUAGAUAACGAACUAGGCAUCCCUGUGUUCUUCAUAGAUAAUUAAUAAGGGGUCCCUGUCUUCUUUUUUCGGGAGUUAACAGCAGCACAUGGUAACUAAUUACUAAUUUCUGAGGAGUUACUGUGUUCUUCUUUAGGAGUUACUGUAGAUCAUGUCACAGUAUUAUAAAGUGAAAUAUACAUUAAUAAUAAUAAUAAUAAUAAUAACAACACACAUUUAACCUAGCUAACUAACACACACACACAUUUAAUCUAGUUAACUAACACACACAUUUAAACUAGCUAACACAAUUAACCUAGCUAACACACACACAUUUCCCCUAGCUAACUUAGCUUGCUAACUAACACACAUAUAAAAGUUAACUUAGCUAGCAAACGAACACACAUAACCUAGCUAACUAACACACAUUUAAACUAGCUAACUAACACACACAUAACCUAGUUAACGUAGCCAGUUAACGAACACACACAUAACCUAGCUAACUAACACACAUUUAAACUAGCUAACUAACACACACAUAACCUAGCUAACUUAGCUGGCUAACGCUAACUACACACACAACUUAGCUAACUUAGCUAGCUAACACACAUCCUAAAGCUGGUUAACAACCCACAAAGAGUCCUCCUCUGAUCCGGGGGUAAAAUCAGCUGGAAAAGAUCUCAAUAUCUUAAUUACUAGUUUAUUUUUAAUCAAAUACAGAAAUAUGAAAGCAGCAGAGUCUCUCUUAAUCCUCCUCCAGCAGCAGCAGCACCAGCACAGCAGAGAAUUUACACGAAGGACCAGGAGAGCUGCGUCCGCUGUGAAAUUACCGUAAUUACCCUAAUAGUGCGCAGUAAAAUAAAUCUCUGUGAGACUGCAAAGGCUGAAGAUGCACUUUUAUAAGGCUGAUACCUAGUAUUAAAGCAAUGAUUGUUACAUUAUUACAGUCUUACAGUCAUUCUUAGAGUCUUAGAUGCCUUCUGGAGAACUUUCAUCAAUGUCUUCUAUGCAAUAAUAUUACGUUAUAAUGUUGUUUUUUUUCUUCCAAAAAUUGAUGGUUAAGCAGAGUAAUACACACUGUAGUAUUUUACUAUAUGUUGCUAAUAUUUGAAAGGAACUGAGGAUAAUAAGGUAAUUAAGGUUACCACUACUACAAAUGGUGUCACUUGCUUAAUUCAAAUAUGCCUUCAAUUAAUAUGCAUUUAACUCAAAUAUGCCUGAUUUAGAUUCCCCCCUAUAUAUAUAUAUCAUGACUGUUAACCUGUUCCUUACACUGUGUCAAAAAAAUUUAAUGAACGGACCAAAAUAAAUACUUAAAAAUUUUAAAAUGUCUUUCAUUAAAAGUUUAGAAGUUUUUUAGAAGUCUCUCUCCUGUAAAGUUGCUGUUUUGGAGAUACUUGUUUUUCACUGGACAGCGACAACACGUUUUAAUUAAAAAUAAAUAAAGUAAUUCAGAAUAAAAGGAUAAGUGUAGCCUGGAAUUCCUGUUGUGAAUUUCAGGCUAAAAUGUGAAGCAAUAAAAUAAAAAGAUAAAUAAUUCAAAUAAUAAAAUAUAUAAAAUAAAAAAUAAAUAAAAUAAUAAAAUAAAUGAAAUAAUGAAAUAAAAAGGUAAAAGGCCAAGAGUACAACAAGAAAAACAAUAAAUUGAAAUUAAUAAAAGAAAAAAGGUAAAAGAAAAACUCAGCUAAAACAGUUACAGUCUGUCUGAAGGUGGUUCGAAACUAAAAGUCCACUAAAUCAUUUGCUGCUCUGUAGCUAAAAGCAUAUUUUUUCCAGUUCACUAAAAACUCUAGGAUCCUGACCUGGUGAUCCAGUCAGUAGUGCAUUGAAAUAAAUUAAAAUACUGACUUUUUUGUUCUUUAAUGAUUGUUUUAGUGCAUUUAAAUACACUUUGUCAUGAGACUUUUAUUAUGAAGCCCACAAUGGCUGAUGAUGCUAACUGGUUUCUGAGAUAAAUGAAUGGCUGAUGUUUAAUAACAGAUGAAUGGCACAUGGGAGGAGUUAAUAGCCAGAUGCUCUGGGGAUAAAGGAUCUCCUCAGUCUGUAAGAGUGUCUUAUCAACAGUUGGAGGAAUUAAAAGGUCCUGACACCUGACCUGAUGCCCCAAGCAAAUGGUAGAUUGGUAAAACAUCUGCAGGAGCUUUCUACUGUUCUGCUGUUGCCUACUAUAGAAGUUUAAUCAUUUCCUUAUUUUUCGAUAUGAUAUAUUUUGUGUGAAAUAUAUGAUAUAUUUUGUGUGUACAAAUAUACAAAUCUUGGUAUGGGAAAAUGUGUGUACUGCAUGAACGGAGUAAAACCAGUCAAACUGCUUUUCUUAAAACCACUUACAUAAA